AGAAUUUCAAGCUCAAAACAAAUUUAUUUGGAAUAUAUUGUGAUUACCAUUUUCCUUUUCUGCUAACUUCGAUUUUUUUUUCCAGUUUUGAUGGAAAAAGCAAUUCGAACAUAAUUUUUUGAACGUGAACGAUAUGCAUUUUAUCAAUGAAAUAAAUAUCGACACUUUGAUUCCUUUUGAAUUUCUUUUUUGACUACAAAGUUUCUGCUAUGGCCUACACACAUGUGAUGAAGAAUUUUGACCCGUGCUCAAGCUUUGAUUUUUGUGGAAAAAAUGAAAGCUACGUUAACAUUAUCCAUUAUCCAUCCGAGAAGCUAUACUCUCACUUUGAUUUCUACUUCAAUUCUUGUUUUUCUGAAAGAAGAUGCAAUUAUUGGUUUAUUUCACUUUUAUUUCUUGCUUGUUGCUCGUUUCCAGGACUUCUGCCGAGCCGAUAACAAGACUUCCAGGUCAACCUCCCAAUGUUGCUUUCAAGCAAUACUCAGGUUACAUUGUUACUGAUGCUAAACAUGGUCGAGCUUUAUUCUACUACUUUGUGGAAGUCGGUGCCGCUGAUCCACUGUUACAUCCCUUAACAUUAUGGCUCAAUGGAGGCCCUGGAUGUUCAUCACUUGGCUUUGGCGCAUUCAUGGAACAUGGUCCUUUCCAGCCAGGAGAAGAUGGAUACUUGGUCGAGAAUCAAUUUUCUUGGAAUUUGGAAUCAAACAUGUUGUAUGUUGAAAGUCCAAUAGGAGUUGGAUUUUCGUACUCAAAUACUAGCUCCGAUUACAUUGGCGUCAAUGAUACUUUUACAGCUGAGGAGAAUCUGAAAUUUCUUGUUAAUUGGUUCAAAGAAUUCCCUGAAUAUAGACACUCAGAUUUGUACCUUACUGGGGAGAGCUAUGCGGGUCACUAUGUACCGCAGCUUGCUGCCUUAGUGCUGGAUUACAAUAAGCAGUCCAAUGGCAGACCAAUCAGGCUCAAAGCAGUUGCAUUGGGAAAUCCUCUUUUAGACUGGGAAAUUAGUGUUGACAACACUGAGUUUUUGUGGUCACAUGGAGUCAUUUCUGAUGAAGUGCUCAUGCUGAGAAAGACAGUCUGUAGUCGCCCGAGGAAUUUAAAGGAGUAUCUUCAUCAUAAUUCGUCCAAAGAAUGCAUUGAUGUCAGCCUCAAACAAGAUAUGGAAAUAGGUGCGUAUACUAACUUUGGAGAUCUGAUUUUGCCUCGUUGCUCAUCAACAAGUCUAUUUGGGCAGUCUGUUUUUCUGGAAAAAUUCGAUGCAGAGCGUACAAUGAGAUCAGUUAUCACCGGUGAUCCAUGUAUCCAAGAUCGCAUACAUCAAUACCUGAACAAACCCCAAGUACAAGAAGCACUUCAUGCAAACGCAACUGACCUGCCUUAUCUUUGGGAAUUCUGUGGAGGGCCUAAUUUGGUAUAUCAAAGAGAAAAUUUAGAAAUUAACAUCAUACCUCUUCUGUUGAAACUUCUAAGAAGUGGUAUUCCACUUCUCCUGUACAAUGGAGAUCAGGAUGCAAAAAUCCCACUAACACAAACGAGGAUAAUUGCCAACAUGCUUGUAAAAGAAAUGAAACUUGUGCCAUUUGGGAAUUAUGCUCCCUGGUUUGACAAGAUGCAGAUUGGUGGGUGGACUCAAUCGUUUGGCCAAGAAAGGAAAGGAAAAAAUAUGACAUUUUUUACGUUUGCUACAGUUAGAGGUGCAGCACACGAAGUUCCAUACACUUCUCCCUCACCAGGCCUCACUUUAUUCAGGGCAUUCAUAAAGGGAUCUCCUUUACCUAGAACAAUCGCAAUUUAAUUAGCAACCAAACGGUUUCAGACUAAUGGAUUGAAACUUCAUGCUACUAUGUGUGUAAUUUCAAUAACAAUGAUCAUGUUUGCAGUUCAAUUUCUGUACCAAACAACUUGCCUGCCUGGUUAGACUAAUCAAAGAGGGAUAGUUUCAGAUCUUAAUAUUUGGUUUUGUUUCAUCAUUUAUCAUUACAUUGUACUUCAACAACCAACCAUCCUAAAAACAUCAGAAGUGGUUCUGCAAAGCUAGGCACGAGUCAAAGAAUCUAGAAGAGGGGUUUUGGCUACAUCAAGAAUUAGCUAAAACUUGAAUGAAAAUAAAGCGAUUGAUGACAGCAAAAAUGAUCAAAUGAUGUUCAUCAAGUUGGAAUAAUUAAUUUAUAAAUAUGCUGAUGAGGUU